AUGAGCUCUUUUUACUCGGGAAGCCAGGCUCUUUCGUUAGCGGUGUUGUUCUCCGGUCUCGAUGUUGCCGUCAAUAUGUUCGGCUUGGCGUGGAACGGGCAGGCUGUUGCAUUUCUGAGAGAUUGCGUGCUGAUCGGCGGUGGUUUGGCAGCAUGGACAUCACCCAGUGGCUUCAGUGAAGUUGCUAAAAAAGCGUCCAACUUCGUUUUCGCCGCCAUGCUGGUUAUUCUUGCGUUUGCUCCCUCGAAGUUGUUGGCUUUUUACGAGGACGACAACCUCAGACUGGCUGUCGGUGACUGGAUCCUCAUGAUCUGGUGCAUUUUUGCCAGUCUGGCUAUCCAAGUAAAUUUUUAG